ACAGCUAUUGGAGGGGAAGAGUGGCGUGCUGUCAUGCGGAUGGCAAGCAAAACAAACAAAUCACUGAGAGUUGUAAAUUCAAGUAAGCAGUUGAGUAGCGAUUCCCUUUUUUAUUAAUUAUUUAUAUAUUUGUUAUUUUUGUAAUUUGUAUUGUAUUUGAGGAAAGAAUUUAUGCGCAGACGCUCUCAUACUAAUACAUUUUCCCGAACGCUGCUCUUCGAAUUGCGCUUCUGCGCUUGGAGAGUCUACGCAAUGCAGUACAACUUUGUUAAGUGAAUGCUAAGUAGUCAGUUGUAGGCGACACAUCACUCGAAAAAGUCGCUUUAGCGAAAAUUAUUAUAUUUAAAAAGCAAAGAAAAAUCAGUUCGUAACACUUUUUAUAUUAUUAUUUAUACAAAAUAAAUAUGUCUGACAGCGUCGAAUCAGAAACAAUACGUAACUACUAUAAUGUCGCUUUGGAAUUGGUCAUGAAAUGUGGGCCGGUCGCUUGUGAAGGUUAUGAACAAGCGGAUGCUAAUUACAAAACAAAAUCGGCAUUCUAUGAUGUGGUAACUGUUUAUGAUAAGAAGGUAGAGGAUCUACUUAUCGCUGGAUUACAGAAAGCAUUCCCCGAAACGAAAUUUAUCGGUGAAGAGGGCACAGCGGAAAACAAUAGUGAGCCGGUAUUAACAAAUGCACCCACAUGGAUCAUUGAUCCCAUAGAUGGCACCACCAAUUUCAUACACCGCAUACCACAUUGGUGUAUAUCGGUGGGUUUGGCCAUUAAUCGAGAAUUGGUAGUGGGUAUUGUUUAUAAUCCUAUUGCAAAUGAAAUGUACUCGGCAUGGAAAGGUCAUGGUGCUUAUUUGAAUGGCAAACGUAUUCAUGUGAGAAAAUGUACCGAAAUGAACGAUGCAGUUUUAGCUUACGAAGUUUCAAUUANCUCAAGUUUCAUUCAAGCUGCCCAUCUAAUUCACAUUUAUGGCAAAUAA